UUACAGCACCGGACCCAGGUCUGAGACGCACUGUGUGUGCAGUGGACUGCCCUGUUACCCCCGCUGAAGCCCCCGGUAGUUAAGAUUACAAGACCCGAACCGGACCUGGACCCGACCCGGGACACCGGAGACGAACCGCGCGUGUGUGUGUGUGUGUGUGUAGUGGACUGCCAAACUGUUAACCCCAAACAGUCAUUAUGGCCUGUUCGAUUCCCACCGUGGCGGACCUGCUGGCGGAGGCGCGGCUCCUGUUCGGUCAGGUGUUCGGAGGAGACGUCCCGCACGUGGCGGCGUGCGCCCCGGGGAGAGUCAACCUGAUCGGGGAGCACACCGACUACAACCAGGGGGUGGUGCUCCCGAUGGCGUUGCCCCUGGUUACCGUGGUGGUGGGGAGGCGGACCCCGGGCCCGGGCGUUACCGUGGUAACAGGGACUAAGGAUGCUGACGAGCCCCACAGGGUGGACCUGGUCCUGCCCCCCGGCGGCGCCCCGCUGCCCCCGGGGUCGCCCCGCUGGGCCAACUACGUGAAGGGCGUGGUGGAACAUUACCGAGGUCCGGUCCAGGGCUUCAGAGCCGUGGUGGUCAGCAGCGUGCCGCUGGGCGGAGGUCUGUCCAGCUCCGCCUCUCUGGAGGUGGCCUUCUACACCUUCCUGCAGCAGCUGGAGCCAGAUGACGGAGACCUGGUGUCCAAAGCCGUGGCCUGCCAGCAGGCGGAGCACAGCCACGCCGGCGUCCCCUGUGGCAUCAUGGACCAGUUUGUAUCGGUUCUGGGUCGGGAGGGCCACGCUCUGCUCAUCGACUGCCGGUCUCUGGAGUUCUCCCCCGUCCCCCUCUCGGACCCCGACCUCGUCAUCCUCAUCACCAACUCCAACGUGAAGCACUCCCUGACGGGCAGCGAGUAUCCCAGCAGGCGGAGGCAGUGCGAGGAGGCCGCCUCCGCCCUGGGGAGGCGGAGCCUGAGGGAGGCCAGCAUGGAGGAGCUGGAGGACGCCCGCCCCCGGAUGGACGCCGUCACCUUCCGCCGCGCUCGCCACGUGAUCGAGGAGAUCCGCCGGACGCUGGACGCCGUGGAGGCGCUGAGACGAGGAGCCUACCAGGAGUUCGGCAGACUGAUGGUGGAGAGCCACAACUCUCUGAGGGACCUGUUCGAGGUGAGCUGCAGCGAGCUGGACCAGCUGGUGGCGGCCGCCGUGGAGGUGGAGGGCGUGUACGGCAGCCGCAUGACGGGCGGAGGCUUCGGCGGCUGCACCGUCACCCUGCUGGAGGCCCGGGCCGUGGACCGGACCGUCCUCCACCUGCAGGAGCGAUUCAGCGGGACUCCCACUUUCUACGUGACGACUCCGUCAGAAGGAGCUCGAGCGCUGGCCCUGUCCUGAGCGCCGGACGGAUCCUGUCCUGAGCGCCGGACGGAUCCUGUCCUGAGCGCCGGACGGAUCCUGUCCUUCGCCAUCGAAGUGCCUGGACGCCUGGACGCCUGCUCCGCCCACAGCUUUCCACAGCCGCCGUCUGUCACAUGAUUUCGACAGCCUGGACGCUCUCACUCAAAAUCAUUACAUGUAAUGAACAGAACUUAUUAUGGGAUGGAUUUCCUGGCAUUGCUUGAUUUUUCAGGGUGAUUAUUUUUUUAAUGUAAAUGUCAAAACGCUGUGAAAUGUGUGUGGUGUUAUUACGAAAUACAGACGCGCUCCUGAGACUCGG